AUGGACGUGUCGAGGUUGCCGUCUUUGUCUUCACAGUAUGGAACCGACACGCACCCUUUGGAUAGUAUGGACCAGCCCACACCAGUUGGUGUAUACGAAGCCCGCAGAGCAGCGCUAGCAUGUGUUGUAGAGCUCAAGAAUCUUCUGCAACAUCCCUUUGAGAAAGCCGCUGAGAGCGCCUUUGCCAUGUAUGAUUUUGCUUCCGUUCAAGUCUUUAUUGAACAUGGCAUUGUGGACCGCAUGGCGAAAGAGCCAUCUGGCAUUUCUGUCAAAACUCUCCAGUCAGAACUGGACCUUGACUCCCAUAAGCUCACCACGGUAUUACGCCAUCUGGCCCCCAAUUACAUGGGGAUCGCAGAGGCUCUUCCUCGAUGGCUUGUGCAUCCCGAAUUCAGGUUCUCUAAGUCUCCAGAUCACACCGCAUUUCAACUUGUGAACAAUACUACAAAGCCGUUCUUCGAAUGGGUGAAAGAUGAUAGGAAUUAUCUUGAUCGAUUUGCAGCGGCUGUUGAGGCAAUCGGCGAAUAUGUAACCCCAGGAAUAUUAUCAGACUACCCAUGGCAUACGUGCUCAGAAUCAACUAUUGUUGAUUGUGGUGGAGGCAAAGGAAGCCUAGCUAUCGCCCUCGCUAAAUCAGAGAGGGAAGAGAUGGUCGGGCCUGCUGAAGCUAACAUCAAGGCCCGUUUGGAUCCCAACUUAGUUCAUGGCACAGUAGUUGCUGAAGCCAACGACUUGUUCUCUGUUCAACCACGCACUGGGGAUAAUUAUACCUUCAUGUUACGACAUGUUCUGCACGACUGGCCCAAGGCUCAAGCUGUGAACAUCCUAGAGAAACUUGCUGCUGCUGCAGGACGGUAUUUUUUGCAAGUGCGGAAUUUUGAUAUAUCAGCUAUCGGGCUCAGUUGUAUUUGUGACGUUAUUCUGAUCACAAAGUGCGCUUGGUGCCUUCCGACUUGAAGCCCCGAUUUCCAUCUCUACUUAUUACUCACCACACCUGAUGUUCUUGCCACACACAUUCGUGAUAUACUCGAGCUGUCAGUUUCUUUCUUAAAUGGCACGCCUUGAACCAGACAUGAUUCGUAUCAUCAUAUAUGCCUUAUCUAGCCCGGGAACUAUUCUAGGCCAUCCUUUGUUGAUUCUAUUUAAUGUGGGGCUUUAUCCAUCAUUGGACCGAAACCACCUACCUGAAGCAGCGCAAGACAUGUUAGGCCAGAUUGCUCU